AUGGACCUGCAGGUGCCGCACCCGGACAGCCCGCACUCCGACAACAGCGGCGGCGGCGGCUCGGCGUCUGGGGCGCUGACGCCGGCGGCGGCGUCGUCGGCGGGCGCGGCGCUGGCGUCGCCGAGCCGGUACGAGUCGCAGAAGCGGGCGGACUGGAACACGUUCGGGCAGUACCUGCGGAACCACCGCCCGCCGCUGUCGCUGGCGCGGUGCAGCGGCGCGCACGUGCUCGAGUUCCUGCGCUACCUCGACCAGUUCGGCAAGACCAAGGUGCACACCCCGGCGUGCCCCUUCUUCGGCCACCCGGCGCCGCCGGCGCCCUGCCCGUGCCCGCUCCGCCAGGCCUGGGGCAGCCUCGACGCGCUCAUCGGCAGGCUGCGCGCCGCCUACGAGGAGAACGGGGGCCGCCCCGAGAACAACCCCUUCGGCGCGCGCGCCGUCAGGCUCUACCUCCGCGAGGUGCGCGACCACCAGUCCCGCGCGCGCGGCGUCAGCUACGAGAAGAAGAAGCGCAAGAAGGCCCCGGCGGCGCACCCCGUCCCCGCCGCCGUCAUCUCCUCCUCCUCCCCCCACGACGGCAACGGACAUACCCACCACUACGAGCACCAGAUGCCGCCGCCGCCCCCGCCCGGCGCCGCGGCGUGAUGGCCGCCGGAGCUGCUCGAUCGCGCGGCCGCGCCCCCGGCCCCAUGUAUGCUGCUACCGCAUGCGCUACUCGAUCGUCUUCCUGGCCGGUCUCUCUGUAGGUAGCUGAAGCUCCUCAUCUACUAUUACCAUCGCCUCUCUCUCUCUCUCUCUAGUUCUUGGCUUCUUGCUACUGCUAUCUAUCGAUCUGUAGCUAUAGUUUAGCUGCAACUGCUAGUACAACUGCUGCUACAAAUUAGUUCCUAUUUCAUAUGCUUUGCUGCUGGUAUUGGUACUGGAACUACUACUACUGCUGCCUAAUUAGGUCAGUUCUCGAUCUGAUGAUCAUUUCCCAACUUGAUGACUCUGCUAUUUGCUGGUAAUUCCUCCUCCCAUCUGUAAUGCCUCAUGCUGCAGUUGUUGUGAACUUGUGAUGAUAUGCUAGCUCCAGCUUGCUCCAUGCAUGGUGACUUGGGAUUUUUAUCAGCCGGCUACAACUCGGUCGAUCGAUUCGGUGAAAUUAAUCAUCUUGCUUAAUUUCUUGUUGCCGAUCUGCUAUACCACCAGCAGCUAUUCUUCUUGUUCUUUCUACUUGCUCUUGUUCAUCUUUUUCAAUAAGUAGCUAGCUAGGUAGAGCUAUCCAGUUACCACUGUCUGUGUGUGAGAGAUUAUUUCUA